UGGCUACGAAUGGACAACAACGUAUUGGUCUCAUUUUACCCCAAAACUCCCAGAACCCUUCUGAAGGAACUAAUUCAUUGAUUUCUAUGGCAAUUAUGUUUUUGAUUUUUCUACUGCAGUUCAUCAAUAGCUUUGAGGGCUUAACUGGAGCUGAACAUGGGACGCUGUGCACUUCUAAAGCCUGCUUCACCCUACAUAUGGACAGAGUGAGCUUUGAUGUGGCACGUAAGAACUGUGUCCACAAUGGAGGCUAUCUGAUGACAGUCAGAGACAGAGAAGAAGAGGAUGUGCUACACUCAGUUCUCUCACAGAUCCAAAGACAACGUCAGGACAGGCCACUUAAAUUAUGGAUUGGAUUAAAACUACACAAAGGAAACUGUGUGUUGUCUGACAAGACUCUCAGGGGGUUUGAGUGGGUAUCUGGAGAGGAAGACUCCCACUACUCCAACUGGGAAAAAGAACCUACCGGCACCUGCACAGAGGAGAGAUGUGUAAGGGUUCGUUACAAUUCAUCAGCUCAAAACCAAGUGAAAUGGACAGCUAGAUCUUGCAAAGUCCCUGAAUUUUAUGCCUGUAAGUUUUAUUUUAAGGGAAUGUGUAAACCGUUGGCUCUGCUGGGACCUGGAAAAAUAACCUACACAGCACCCUUCUCAGAAAAGCCGCAAAGAAGUGAAAUGAAAUUAUUUCCACUCGGAACAUAUGCUGAUAUUUUAUGUAGUGACCAACAGUCUCACUACUCUGUGUGCAUGGGGGUGGAUGACAUGUUUCACUGGAAUGUCCCUGGUCCAUUUUGCAAAAUAGUAAAGCAAAAUUGCACCGUCAGCAAUGGUGGAUGUGAACACCUGUGCCAUCAAGACACGGAUCAGGUUCAGUGCCUUUGCAAAGAAGGCUAUGACCUGGAUGAGGAUGGACUCUCUUGCAGGAUGAAAAACUUGUGUGGUGCUGACACCUGUGAGCACGAGUGUGUAAUGGGGAAGUCAGGAUAUUUCUGCAAAUGUUCACAGGGGUUCAAACUGGAUGAAAACCAGCACAGCUGCUCUGAAAUUGAUGAGUGCCAGUUGCAUGUCUGUGAGGAUCAUUUGUGUAUAAAUACGCACAACAGUUACACAUGUGUGUGCAAAGAUGGCUACGAAAUGGUUGAUGAUAAAUGUAGUGAUGUCGAUGAAUGCACACAAUCAAGAUGUGAACAUGCCUGCUUGAACAGUGUCGGAUCCUACUCCUGUAGCUGCAAUGAGGGUUUCUCUUUAUCUCAAGAUGGCCACUUGUGUACAGAUAUAAAUGAAUGUGUCAGCAAUCGCUGUCAGUUCACAUGCGUCAAUACUGUAGGCAGCUUCUUGUGCACCUGCCCACAAGGCUUCUACCUGAAGACAGAUGGACUGAAUUGCGCUCCGGAUGUGACAGAAACAUCAGCUGCUUCAUCAGAUGACUCACCUGAUGAGGAAACACAAGAUAAUGUUACAGAGUCUCUAGUCAGAACCACAGUGGAGCUCCAGCACCAGUCCCCUCACAUUGAUGCACCACGUCCAGGUUUGGUGAAUGUUACGCACAGUGAUCAGCAGAAAAACACAUCCAUGACCACAAGGGUUGCCAAGUCUGUUAGUUCCAAGGUGAUUAUCUGUGUCCUCGGUUCAGUCAUUCCUCUGCUCGUACUAAUCGCAGUGACUCUGACUAUUGCAAUCUUCCGAUGCAAUCGCUCCAAAAAAGAAGCCAAGAAAACCACCACUGCAGACGGCUACUGUUGGGUGUCCUCUGGUUUGGAUCCACGUUUAGAGAAACUAUACGAGUCUAUUUUGACUGAUGACCUAUGACCUAACAGUGAUGGAUGAGACUGUUUUCAUAAAUUAGUGUGUUUAUUUAUGUAAUUUAUGAUGUUGCAACCUCUCUGUUAGGAAAAAUUUCAAGAAAAAAAAACUUUGUCCAUCACAUUUCUUUGACGUGGCUCACAAAGAAGACAUAGUACACAUAUACAGUAGAAACAUAUUGGUUGUAGAAAAAACAAACAAAAAGGUAAAAAUGUGGCUGUGAAAGUGUAGAUAUGUACAGGUGUUAUUGGUGCCGAAGACUUGGGAAGUGGGUGUGAGGAGGUCUA